AUGAAGCGAGAUAUUAUAGUACAAUCGAAAUCUCAGGGCUUGCAGUUUGUCUCUGAAUUGAAUAAGCAAAAUGCAUCACAAAAAAAAGUAACGGCUAGACAAUACUAUGCAUACAAACUACAUAAUCGUCAAGAUUCUUCUUCAUUACUUCAUUACGGUGGACGACUUUUCCAACAAUAUGUAGUUGACAAUUAUAUCAAAAUCGAAUCUGAACGUCUUAAUUACCUAAAAUUUAAUCAGGAUAAACUUCGCAAAGAAUUAUAUCAGGGUCUACAUGACUCCUAUAAAUCUGGAAUUACAAAUAUGUUGGAAAUAGAAACUCGAACAAUUUUACUUUCAUCUUUC